CUUCGCAGAGCCGCUCCGGCGGCGGCAGUUGUUUGCUGUUGUUGUGCAUGACCGGUCACACUGCGUUCACGGAGAUAAUUGUCAAUGGCAUAGUUUGUUCAGUUUUGUGUGAAUAUUGAUGGGAAACUCAGUUGGGCUUCAGAAUGGAUUACAUAAGCGGAUGGUGCAAAAGCAAGCGGAGGCUUGAAGGCCUCACCGCGAUUGUCACCGGUAGCAACACCGGAAUCGGCAAGGAGACAGCGCUUGAUUUUUACAUGAGAGGAGCACGAGUAAUAAUGGCUUGUAGAGACACAACUAAAGCAGAGUCAGCAAAGAAAGAAAUUGAAAACGCAAAGGAGGGUGUCGAGGGUAUUGGAACUUUAGUAGUGGAGGAGUUAAAUCUGUCACAACUAAAGUCGGUCAGAGAAUUCGCUUUUCGAAUUUUGGCCAAAGAGAGUAACAUCAACAUUCUCGUAAACAAUGCGGGGGUGAUGUGCUGCCCUGAAGGACGGACGGAAGACGGUUUUGAGACGCAUAUGGGGACCAACCACUUUGGACAUGCUCUUCUCACGCUAUUGCUCUUGCCCAGAUUAAAGAAGAGUGCUCCUUCGAGGAUAGUAUUCGUAUCAUCAUUGAUGCAUAAAAGCAAUGAUGUCGAUUUAGACGACAUAAAUUUUGAAAAGAAACGUUAUGAUGCACUUGACGCCUAUUCUAGAAGCAAAGGCGCAAACGUGCUCUACGCUAAAGCACUCGGCAUUAAAUUAAAGGAACACAACAUAAAUAACGUGAUGACAUAUAGUCUCCACCCAGGGGUCAUAAAUACGGAGAUCGGUAGGCACUUCAGCGACACCUUGUUGACCGGCGGCACGUGGCUGUUCAAGUACAUCAUUGGCUUUUUCGCGAAGACUCCUCGUUGCGGGGCACAAACUACAAUCUACUGCUCAGUUGACGAAAGUUGUGCUGAGCAAAGCGGACUUUACUAUGCUGAUUGCAGAGUUGCACCAACUUCAAAGCAAUGCAAGGAUGAAGAAAUACCGGCCAAGUUCUUUGAUAUCACAACGGAACUGUUGAAACUAAAAAAAUACGAUCCCUUCGGGGACAAGGAUCCCGAACGGAGCUUGUUUGAAAUCAGUAAUCGUGAGAAACGAAUUUCGGUAUAAUAUUAUUAGCAUAGAUCGGUAAUAUGGACAGAGUACAGGUGCCUACAGAUUUGCUCUUUUUUGACGAUCGUUAUUGUUACUUAUUAUUGUUAGCGGUCAACAAAUAUAAUAAGCUAAAUUUUAAAACUUCGUAAUUCCUUUUUGGGCCAAAUCCCCUUUUUGCUCUUUAAGUGCAAUAUCGGGCAAUUAAAGCUUGAAAUAUAAUUUCUAGACCCCAUUUUAGUUAUAAAAUAAAGGUAUAAUCAUAGAUUGUCAUAUCAUUUUAUUUGUAAGUCAAUGUUCUCGAUCGUCUGUUUCUUACACAUUUAUUCGAUUUUGUUUGAUCAUACGUGUCAAUCGACAAAAAAUACAACGUUGAUAGUCUGUUGCUUCCAUAUUUACUCUUCUUGUUUGGUUGUGUCAAUAGUGAAAAAAUCCAGCAAAUCUGUAGUUACCUUAAGGGUUUAAUUAAAACCUUUGAAAUGAAGUUCUCGUUUUGUUCAUACACAUCACAAAUAAAUAACAAUUUUAACUUUUGCUUUAUUACUACCUAUUGUUAUUAUUUUAUAUGUGUCACUAGUACUUUACUGUAGUCUAUUUUAGAAUGAAAGUGUUGUAGUUGUAGGUAGAAAUAAAACGCAUAGCUUUAUUUUUUAUUCAUUGCGGGACAUUACACUCUAUGUGUAUUACUUAUUAGAUUAAAUUUACGUAAAGAUAAUUGUUUUGCCUAUUUCGACAUCUGAUUAGUAAUUUAUUUACUUCAGAGGACUAGCUGGAAGAGAGCGUAAUAUGUUUACUUGAUAUCGUGUACUUACGUGUGUCGCCUUUCAAUUGUUAAAAAUUGUUUGUGCCCUGUUAUUCAAAAUUUAAACUGACUUCAAAAAAGAAGGAGAUUCUCAACUCGACUGUAUUUUUUGUGUGUACUUAUUUUAAGUGAGAUUACUUUGAUAUUGUGCCCCUUUAAAAUGAAAGUGGCCUUGUCUCGCGCGGGCCUCGGCCAGGGGUAUUGCGCAAUUAAGAAGAAGACUCGGUCCACACUGAAUUUUAUUAUAGAAAUAAAGAAAGAGAAGGUACAGGAAGGACCAGGUAAAGUAAAAGCGUAAAGGCUGUAACAAAACAAAAUAACGAUAUAACACUGGUAGUACAAUCAUACAAAAAACACUCCCUACUUAAAUUGCCUACAUACAAGACAUGGUAAAAAAGGAACUUACCCCAAAUGGGUAACUUCCUUGGAUGUUUUACAAAUAGUUAAGUUACAUGAUUUUCAAUGGUCAGAAUUUCAUAUGAAGGCGAGCUCGGUGCUCGCUUUGGAAAUUUAGUACAGUGGUAACCGGAAAGAAGAAAAGUAAGAAUGACGAAGAAAAGGAAUUAAAGGACGAUUCAAAAUUUCAAAAAUAAGUGGCCAGGAACAAAGAGAAAAGGGUGAAAUAAGGCUGGAUGACGAUGAAGAGGGUCGCAUCGGCACAACCUAAUUUAAAAAAUUAAGAAAAGUAGUUCGUACUUUAAAACGACUUAAAAAAUAAGUGCAUAAGAUUAUUAAUUUAAAAAGUAAGAUUCUAUGGGUCUUUUGUUUUUUUGUUUAAAAUUUCACAUUCAUUUUGCGUAUUCCCAAAAGGUUGAAAUUUUGUGUUGGGUCAUAAUUAACUU